AUAAAGAGCCAAGUCUGGGUCUGGAGAGCGAAGAUAUGAACUGAACUGAAUUCAUCUUCAAGGUCGAAUUCGAGUGUGAAGGGUGAGGUAUUUCUGUGCAAAAGUUUGAAGAUGGUAUUCUUGCUCUGGUCUCGCCCUUCUCCUCAGAAACAGAAGGCUUGCCUUGAAAAGUCUGGUGGCAUCAACUAUGAUUCCAAGUACAAAGGAUUUACUACCAAGCCAGCGUCUCAGCUCAAAGAAGACAAGGAGCUCUCAGAAGCUGGAUUUUUUGUCAACCAUGCUCGCAUUUUAGUGGGUUCGGGUCUUGAUACCUAUGAGAAGGGCAAGGUUGCUCUUGAGAACUGGAGGCAUUUUGCAUUUGACUGGGCGUUUGUCGACCCAACAACUCCGAUUCGAAAAGGGGUGAAGUUUUGCGUUUGUACCAAAACGUUCCUUCCAUGGACGAUGAUGCCUCUUGAGGUAGUGUAUGUGGAUGAAAAGAAAAAUGCUAACAAGGCCAUUGCCUCAUUUGGGUUCGGCAGUGGCACCCUUCAUGGUCACCUCCUGGCUGGGGAAGAGCGUUUUUCAAUUGAGCUGGAUGAGAACGACCAGGUCUGGUAUGAAGUACUUUCCUUCUCCAAGCCUGGCAACAUCCUAUCAGUUCUCGGGUACCCAUAUGUACAAUCUAUGCAAAAGCGGUUUACACUUCUCUCUACCAAUGCAGUUCUGAAACAUUUGUCAGCCUAAGAACUCCAUGGUAUUUAUAAAUAUUACACAUGUUUCUUUUCCUGUUUUUAUGAACACUUUAUUUGGAUGGUCUGAAAGAUCUAAUAAAAAAUGGAUUUUUUUUUUUUU